UAGUUAGUGACGGUGUCUCUCACGAGGAGGAACUCACUGCCGGUUUCACGAGGAAAAUAAAUAAAUAUAAGAACACGAUACCGCGGAAAAUCACCGAUCGUACUGCCGAGAGAGACCGACAGAUUGCUCGGAGUCGUCUUCGAAUUUUUGAGACGACCCUGAAGAGCUCCUCAGGGGGAGACACCGUCAUCCCGACGAUGACAAGCACGAUGACGACGAAGACGAUGGUGAAGACUGGGGCAAACGACGAAGACUCCGCUGAACUUCUCGCCCGGACAAAAUCGAAACCCGUGGCGAGAAAGAGACAGCUCGAGUCUUCGUCUUCGAGGCUCGAGACACCAAGGAAAAAUCCCCGCCAUGACGAUAACCUUCGAGGGAACGAUGACGAAAAGUCGCUGACAAUUUCGGGAGGGUUACAAACUGGGACCUCGAAAUCGUGCCAAAAUGACGAAUUAAUUGCCCAGUCAACGAAAGGCUUCGAGAAGAGCAAAACUGCCCUGGAGAGUGGUUCGAUCGUUGACAGAACAGACGAUGAAGAAGAAGCCUCGAAAAGGAGCCCGAGUAAUGGAAAUGGAGAUCACUCGGAAAUUGAAAAAGUUCCCCAGGUCGUGCACCAGGAUGUCAAAGAACUAUUAAAGGAAGAUGCUGAGAAGUUCCCCGCAGCUCGCGGAGACAAAUUCACGGCUGGGAAAACUUGGAUGGAAAACGGCAGAGAGAGGACGGAGAUCGGGGUCGAGGGUUCUGCAAGGGAGAUGACGAAGAGGCCUCUGAAGAAAUUGUCGAAAAAGGGUAUCCAGGGAAAGGGUUCGGAAAAUCUUGAGAAUUCGGAAAAAAGGGCCGUCAAGAGAUGUGCAAAGGGGGAUGAAAGUAACCGGAGGAAAAGAAACCGCUCCGAGGAGGUGAAGAGGCCACAGGAUGUCACUCCGAGUGGCAGAAAACCUGAAGAGUCCCGUCAGAAUGUCGAUCGAGAUCCGAUGAAAAUUCCCGAAAAUUCAGAGACCUUCAUGAGCGAGAACUCGACCUCCGAGAAAUUGGAGCAGACGUUGGAGAGGGAAAUUCGAGGAGACGAAGACGACCACGCUUUGAAGGGAAGUUUGGAAAGUGAGGAUUGCAAGGAUCUUGAGGUAGCCAGAGCGGAAGAAGACUCGAGGACCUCGAAGAGGCCCGUUCUGCAUGUCGAAGGACCUCGAAGAGAAGUUACAAGGACGUCUAGGAGGGACGACUCCGAGAGGCUGAGGAAGACCAUCUCGUGGCUCGAAGAAGGGGCGAGAAGGAUGAGAGAAGAUCUCGCCAGCACGAGGGCUGAACUUCACGAAGAGAGACGAGCUGCUAGAAUUAUCAAGAGAGAGAUGGACACAGCAGUGAGGGAGGCGAGGAACGCGGAGGCUGCCAAAUAUCAGCUGAUCGUGACAGAUCUGAAGACAAGACUUUCCCAGUCUCCUUCGCGGUCCACGUCGGAAUCGAGCGCGUCCACGACGGCGAAGGCCGAGAUGCUGAAGGAGGAGAAUCGCCGCCGAGAGAUGUCGGCGUUAAAAAAUCGCCUUGGAGAGGCCGAGGCGACCGUAAGGAAACUCAAGGCUGACUCCUUGGAUCCCGGAUGUCCGGGGAAACGCAGAAAACUCGACCCGGUCGCACCUAUCGACCUCAGGAAACUCGAAGCCGAUCUCCGAGACGCUCGCCGGCUGAACAAAUCUCUGGAGGAGAAAUUGCACGUCGUCUCGGAAGCUGAGAGAGCUCGAGCAGCUGACCUCAGAGCGCAGCACGAACGCCACGAGGCCGAGCUUGUCAUUUUGCAAAGAACAUUACGUGCAGACACCAUCAAAAUGAUGGACGAGUUGAAAAGUAAGGACAGGGAGAUCGAGAAGCUGGAGAAACUCUUGAGAGAGCUGCAAGCUCUGAGGAAAAAGUCGAGAAUCAAAGACGAGGAGGCGAUGCGAAAAUUGCGCGAGAGCGAGAGGAGUCAUCAGAUUCGUUUGGCGCCUCGGCUAGAGGAGAAGAUCCCGAGAGAUGAGCACGCGACACAGGGGGACUGCUGCAAAGGAGAAUGCGACAGUUUGCCGGAGCUCGAGCGCCUUCGGGAACUCGCCGUGGAACAGCAGGAAGUCAUCGAAGUCCUCCGACAGGCUAUCAAGGAGAAAGAGAGAAAGCUGGACCAGUUGUCCAACAAGAAGAGGAAAGAGGAGUUCUACAGACAGUGGCUGGAGUUGGAGCCGGUAGCGGAAGUGGACGACGAAGAGGAACACGAGGAGGGCGAUAGCGCGCUGUCCAGCGCGCCCUCUUCCUUAUCACCCCAACCUGGAGGAUGCGGCCAAUGGCAAGCCAAUGGGGUGACAAGAGAAGCUUACGAGGCGAUUCUCCUGGAGGUCGAAGAAUUCCAGACGAAGCUUCUCGAAGAAAGACAAGAGUUGAACCAUGCCAAAAGCCAAGUCCGCGACCUGGAGAAGGCGCUUCUUCAGGAGACUCGUGGCAGCCAGAACAGCAGGAGGGCCCUUAGUGACAAAUUGCGAGAAGCUGAAGAGCGCGAAGCUUCCCUGGUGGCCGAGAUCUCGGAGCUUCGGGAACAGAACGAGCUCUUGGAGUUCCGUGUUCUCGAACUUGAAGAGACCCCUUGCUUGCGAGACACCCCCGACCCUGCAGACAGUGGUAUCGUUUCUCCGGAACCCAUACAUCUCUACAAGUCGCAGGAACAAUUGAACAAGCACAGAGACCGAGCAAUAGCAACGGUGAUCCCGUACAGUACUUACACCCGUCCAGUGUCAUCGGUGCCCCAAAAGCCGGCAUUAUCGCUCCAAGAAAGCGGGAUCUUCGAGGAAGAAGAUGAAGUCGAGGUCGAGCUGGCGAGUCGCGGGACGCAGACGGAGGUUCCAGCAGGAGAGCUUCUCCAGGAAGUCCAAAGACUUCAGGAGCUCCGGGCGAGGAUCCAAGAAAGAGCGGUGAAGGUCCCAGUAAUGGACACAAAGAGCUGCUCGACAUCUGAGAUCGCAGAAUCCUCCGAAAUCUCGCAGCUAGCCGCCCAGCAGGAGCGAAUCCGAGAUUUGGAAGAAAGACUGAGCCUGUACGAGGAAGCCGAAGAGAGCCGCUCGAGGGAAAGGCAAAUCUCAAAGCAGAGGGAGGAAGAGCUGCUGGACGAAAACUACAGGCUGACCGAGAGGGUCUACUGGUGCGAAAACGAGAUUCGAGGGUUGACGGACUCUUCGGGAACUCCUUCGGGAAGUACGAACGAGGUCGGCACCACGAUGGAAGGUUUCAACUCUGUGGUGGACCAGUCGAGCCAGUGGGAGAGCCUGGGAGAAGAAGAGACGAGGACUCCCGAGGAGAAGGUGAACCUUGAAGAGGAUGCCGAAGUGGAAGGAAGCGAGGGGAAAUUCCCGAACCACGUGGUCCCACCCUUGCCGAGGUGUCAGAAGAUGUUCAGGGAUCUGAUGAAGACUCUGGACCAGCCGGAUCAUCGAAUCGAUGGGGAACUGAAGAUCAACGGAGGGUACGACUUCUUGGGGGUGCAGACCUGCACAAAGACGGAGUGCACCGAGUGCAAGGAGUUCUGGAGGAACUGCUGCGAGAAGGUGCAGGAGUUGACGAAGACGGAGUGCAGCAUGAGAGGAAGAAUCGAAGAUCUUGAGAGGAGGGAGAGGAUCUUUGCGAAGACCUUGAGGCAGGCUGACAAAAUGUGGUCCCAGGUGGAAGCUGGAUACGUGGCGAGGCUUAAAGAAGUCAGGGAACAACUCGAGGAGAAGGUCGAAGUCAAUCGAAGGCUUCUUCAGCGGUUCUUCGACCUUGAAGAAGAAGCCAGGACGAAGGCUGCCGAAGAGGACGGUGGCUCCGAAAAGGCGGAACUCUUCAAGGAAGAAAUGGACGUGGAGCAAAGGGAAGAGCUCGUGGCCGAAGAACGAGUCGAGGCCGAAAAAUCGACGUCCUUCAUAACCGUGGAAGCGUAUCAAGUUUCUUCCGAAGACAUGGUCGACGGUCCCGAAGAGAAGAGUCCUUUACACAGGGUGGAAAUCUCUAGAUCCACCCAGACCGAGGUUGCUGCUUCGGAUGGUUGCUGGUGUUCCGGGAAAAAUGAGGAAUCCGGGAAUACGGCAUCGAUCAGGGUUUCCACUCUUGCCAAGAAGUCCGAACCAGCGGAGCCCACCUCCAGGGUGGAGGAGUCUUCAGGGUUCAAGGCGACGAAUUACAGCUGCGUGACGGUGAUGGUCCUCCCCGGAGACCUGGUGAGCCCGGUACCGGAAGUGGCCACGGAGGCAAAGGAAGAGACGGUAUCCAACGAGGACCCCAAAGAAAGGACAGCGGAGGCCGAGGAAGAGGCUGCGGUCGUUACUUUUUCCGAAUCAGAGCCCGAAAAGAAGGUUAGACCAAGAGAGAGUAUGCAAACGAGGAGGAAGAGUGCGAGGUCGAGGCAGAGGGAAAUCUGGGAGGGCUGGGCGAUGAGGACGUGGAACGCGAAGGGUAGGUCAGGAGACGGAUUUAGGGAAGACUCGAGACAGCGACGUCGACGAUGGGUCCUCUAUCAGGAGAUCUGCGUUUAAAGGACCCCGGAAAUCCGUAAAACGUAACCUUAAAGAGUCUAAGACGCAAGAUGGUCGUCCCUCGACCCCCCGCGAAGCGACUCGCGUUCGUCUCUUGACAUCGCUUAGGAACCUGAAGAUGUUGGGCUCGCGCGGUCCCUUAUACGCGGGGUGUCUUUUAACGAAGCUAAUAUACACGACUAGAGACAUCGGUGCACCAGGUGGAACCUAUUUCGUCCUGGAGAAUUCGGAGGUGAGGCAUUCUUUUUAGGUGGACUCUGAUCCGAAUGAAACGUGGCGCCAAUUCUGGACAUGUAAGAGAUCCUUGCGAUGUAAUCGUCAGUGGAGAGGAGAUAGAUAUGGAAUAUAGACGGAAUUUAAUGGCGAUGACCACAGCUUAGAUGGAGGGAGCUAGAGGUACCCAUCGGUGGAUGAAAUGCGAACCUGGGAGGUGAUAGAACCAAGUAUGGUCUCCAUUUCUCUCACGAGGUCACCAAUCCCGUUUGGGUCAAUGAGAUGCCACGAGAAGUCUUCCCUGAAGUCAAUGACACUCACGAUGAACUGUUUGUCGAGCUUCAAGACCUGGAUAUGUGAGACUGCGAAGAAGUCGUUGCACAUGGAAGGGAUCAAGGGUAGAUCCUUUUUAAUGACAUCUUUAUCUAGGACGUCCUCAAGAUGAAUUCCUAUGGUGAUUGUCAGGCUUCAAGAUCGGAAAAUAUGAAACUGCGAAGAUGUUAAGGCUGGUCCUUGCACAUGAAAGGGAUAAAGGGUGGAUCUUUGUAAUGAUACCUUUAUCUAGGAUAUCUUUAAGGUGGAUUCUUAUGAUCGAGUCGGGUGAAUAUUCGGUUAUCCAGACGGAGAAGGAGGAAUGUAAAGCAUCCUUGGGGUUCGAUCGAGUCCUGGGAAAGACUCGGGCUUCUCGAAGAGGAACGAAAGAGGGAGAGGAGUUGGAACGAGAGCCUUUUCUCGGGCCUUAAUCCAAAAUCCCGGUUUGCUGGCCGGUUCGACACUGGCCUAAGAUCAUCUACUUUCGCUGGAGGUGAAGGUUUCGUCCUUUCUUCUACGCGAUAUCACUCGGGGACAGUCAAGGUGGCUUUCCACUCGCAGGCGAAUCGCGAUUCGCAAUCGUCACUUCCUGCAGGACAUCAGCGAAGCGACAAUCGCAAAACGCAUCGAGAAGUUUCCUCCAUGGGACGACGCAGCUGGCGUUGCUUGGCGAAGCCAAGCACUGGUCCAGAUAUCGAAAUCCCGAAACGAGAAUCGACGCCGAAUUCGAUAUCGAGCGGAGAAUCGCUCAUUUGCAUAUCGUCCGCAUCGUGCGAAAGAUGCCCCUACUUUUUUGUAACCAAUAUCGUAGACUAUAUUUAUCACGACUAGUAGACGAUCGAAGCUUUGCGAGAUUUCCCCCGGUAGGAACAACGUUGCGAUUGGAUGCCUCAUUUCCCUAUUUUAUUGAUAACGUAUAUCGAGGUCGGCAAAUAAUCCAGCCUCGAUUAUUCGCCAACCUUUGCGUGCAAGAAUUCGGCUCGUUGCCUAAGAAUCGCACUUUGACCAAUGGCCGUUUCUUGCGAGUGAUUCCAUUAUCUUGUGCCUUAAGAUUUAUCUACACAUGUAUACACGUCAUUGUUCUCCGAUAAAGCUUCGCGAAGUUUGCGCCGAAAGAAAUGAGCGCUCGAGAUUAAAGAAAAAAAAAAAGAAAAAA